AUGGAGGUCGUCCGUUUUUUGGUGGAGAGUGGCGUGGACGUAUCCCAGGGCGUUGGGGACAUGGUCAUGGAAGCGGCAGCUGCCAAAAAUGAUGUGGCGCUUCUUCAGCUUCUCCUUGACAAGGCAGCCCACUUCCAGUCGGUUGCUGGGGAGAGGGCCCUGGCAUCUGCAGCACGCUGCCGAAGCUGGGAGGCAGUUCACUUCCUAACCCUUGUGGACGUAGAGCUGGAAUCUUGGUCAGGGCACAUUGCUUUGCUUGCAGCUGCGCGGACGAAAAACACCUUCAUAAUGCACAUACUGCAGAGGGCUGGCCUGGACAUGUCCUCGGAGCGCUCGCGGCUCACGUUAUGGGCAAGCACACUUUGUGGGCAGCGCAAAAAUCUGGGGCACUGUGUCAGACCACCAGGCUCGAAAUAUCCAUCACCUGGCGAUGAAUUCAGGACUCUGGCCUGCAGGACGAAGACAAAGAUGGCGAUCGCCAAGUCCAAGGUGGUGGAGGCGGGACGUGAACAUGACGCUGCAGCGACACCAUCCACGCUGGACAGAAACUCAUUGCGCAUGCACGACUGCGAGGUAGCAGAA